CAUGACAAGACAUCUUUUUUGAGCGUUGCGGCUGUCAAAAAAAGCAAAAUAAAUUUCAGUCUCAGUAGGUACUCUCAGUUACGUCGUUAUUUCUACUGAAUUAUAUGAAUACUUAGGUGUUGUCUUGCAAAUUAUUAUCUUUAAAAUGGCUAGAGAAAGCAGUGCUGGUUUUGAUAGACAUAUAACUAUCUUUUCGCCUGAAGGAAGACUUUAUCAAGUUGAAUAUGCCCUGAAGGCUAUUAACCAAGGCGGGCUAACAUCGGUGGCUCUACGCGGAGCGGACGCCGCCGUGGUGGCGGCGCAACGCAAGGUGCCCGACCGUCUACUUGACCCUUCCUCAGUCACACAUCUCUUUCCACUCACUAGUAGGAUUGGAUGCGUCAUGACAGGAAUGAUUGCGGACAGCAAGUCUCAAGUGCAGCGAGCACGGUACGAGGCAGCCAACUGGCAGUACAAGUAUGGCACGGAGAUCCCUGUGCACAUCCUGUGUCGCCGCAUUGCAGACAUCUCACAGGUGUACACACAGAAUGCUGAGAUGAGGCCACUUGGGUGCACCAUGAUGCUGGUGGCGUACGACGACGAGGCAGGCGCCAGCGUGUACAAGACGGACCCGUCCGGGUACUACUGCUCCUACAAGGCCGUGGCUGCGGGCGCCAAGGCGACAGACGCGAAUGCGUACUUGGAAAAGAAGCUGAAGAAACGCUCGGAGCUGACGGCGGCCGAGGCGGCGCAGCUGGCCAUCUCGUGCCUGUCGCACGUGCUGUCGGUGGACUUCAAGUCCAGCGAGAUCGAGGUCGGCAUCGUCUCCAAGGAACACCCUAACUUCACGGUGCUGUCGGAGAGCGAAAUCGACAAACAUCUAACUGCGAUCGCUGAAAAGGACUAAGGAGCUUGGCUAAUCAGUAUGAUUCUAUAAUUAUAAUAUUUUUUAAUAAACUCUUUUAAACACCGUU